GUGGUCACGUUGAGAUCCUGACAUCCUUAGGGCGGCUCAGAGGACCAAGCAGCUACUAUGUCUCCCGGGGUAGGGGGGGUGGAGGGAUCUGUUUGAGGAGGUCACCCUGGAGACCAGGCGCAGAGCACAAGGGGAGUGCGCGGACGGCCGCAGGCAGAGGGAAACCCUGGAGGACCGAGCCCGGUUCUGAGCCUCCGGCUCCCGCAGUGAGCAAGCGGGAGGUCUACGGGGGCCCCCAGCGGAGCACCGUGUCAGUCUCAGCGCUACUAUAGAAGUUAUUUUCCCAAGGUUAUGAUGAUGUCAGACAUUGCUAAAGACAGAAUGACUCAUUCAGUAAGGAAAAGAGGGAGUGUGUCUUCUCUAAGUGGUCGUGAAUUCCGGCAGAAGGAACUUCAUGGGUACACCAAAAACUCCAGGAGUACUGUGUGUUAUACGGAUGAACCUAGCCAGGGUGACGAGGCCUCUCGCCUUACAGUUCAGAUGGAAAACACCUAUCAGUUGGGUCCCACCCAACAUUUUCCUGUGGUCAUUGUCAAUCAAAUCCUGAAAGAUGUGUUAACUAACUAUCUGCAAGAAGAGCAAUAUGAACCAGAGCUCUGUAGACAGAUGGCUAAAACAAUUUCUGAGGUUAUUAAAACCCAGGUCAAGGACCUGAUGAUUCCACGGUACAAGCUAAUUGUAAUUGUUCACAUCGGACAACGGAAGAGUCAGAGCAUUCUUAUUGGAAGCAGGUGCCUCUGGGAUCCGAAAAGUGACACCUUCUCAUCUUCUGUUUUCAGAAAUUCUUCUCUCUUUGCUCUUGCAAGCGUCUAUGCAGUUUACUUUGAGUGACUGAAAAUAAAUCAGUUCUUACUUUUUUUAAAUCAAAAUAGACCAUAUCUAUGUACACGAAAGCUUUACUGCCCAAAAGUUUGAGAAAGAAACAACACUAAUAUUUCAAACAAUUGGAAUUUUUGGACUUUUUUAUGCUCCUCUAAGAAUUGAGGUAGGGAAGGGAGGCACAGGAAAGACUCUUGUUUAUCCAGAGGAGGAACCAAGUCUUGGUUCUGCUGGAUUGUUCCUCAUAGACAUGGAUUCUUACUUUUGGUACUAAUUAUUUUAAUUGCUCUUUAUAGCAAGAAUUUAAAUUUCCUGUGUUUUUUUUUAAUGAAGAGAAGUUAAAAACAAACAAACAUGGCUAUAUACCCUGACCAAUAACAGGCAGAAGAAUAUUCAGCAUGGUAUACAAAUGAUACACGUGAAUGUGUCUCAGUGCUGCAUAUAAAAGAAUACUGGUUUUCAUUUCGUGCUUAAUAAAUUGAGCAGCAUUCAUUAACUGCAAUUAUUGUUACAUGUACCUGACAGUUGAAACUGCUGAGGUAGAAUUAAUGAUUUCAUAACAAUUAUCAUCGUCCCACGGGGCUGUUCUAGCUAAAACUAGAAGCUCUUGUGGGUUGCCUGCACUUUACAAAACUGUGGGAGAACUGAAUGUCGGCUCUACAGUAAUGGAAACUCUAAAGUGAACAAAGGCUUUUAGGGCACUGCAAUAGACAUUGCCGUAUUAAAUAUACAUGAUGUUUAAUAGGAAAUGUAUCUGUAACACUUAAAAUCAUCUAUUGGAAAGAGACACCGCUUUUAAAUAAACACUCUUUAAAUGGGUUUUCCUUGGCUAACAAACUUUUUACAUUAAAUAUAUAGCUGGCACAUGUUUUAUUAACAAAUAAAACAUGUGUAUUUACUAUUUUGUUCCUAUGAAUUUAGUGCAAAAGUGACCCAGUGCAGCUUUGAAUGGAUGGUGCUAAAAUUUACAGGGGGCUGAAAUAGCUUAUUAUUCUGCCAGUUAAUGUAGCUUGUCCCAUGGAUCAUUUAUUUUUACAGAGCUUUCAACCCUUUGUGUGCAUAUGAAAUGAUGCCGAGACGUUGUUCCCGGAUGGUGAGUGAACUGCCCAGAGGACAUUUGUUAAAGGUCAAAGACCAAUUGUACACAUGUGGAGAAAAUUAGAAACGCUGUAGUCUUAAGAGAAAAAACUGAUGUGUCAUUCAUAUCAAAAAGAAUUUAACAAAUAGGAAAACGGUCAAUGUUUUAUAGCUUUAAAAUGUAUUGAUGUCUUAUUUUCCCCCAAAAGAAUCUGUACUAAAAUAUAUAUAUAUAUGUAUAUAUAUAUACACUUUUAAAAUCCCUUUCCUUCUACUUGUUCUGGCUUUUAAGGUAGUUUUUCAAAAUGAAUUAGUCAAUUUUCCUUAUUUUUUUCUGUUACUGCCUUAUUGGGAAUAUGUAUAAUAAUUCAUCACAACCAAUAUUUGUCCAUCUCCAUAGGCCACUUUUGAAUCUGGAUUAGAUCAUAAGGAGAGUAAGUAAAUGAGCUGCAUAUUUUCAUUACACAUUUGUGAACAUCUCUUGUCUUGGAGCAGUAGAAGGGGCAAUCCUACUGCAAUUUCACAUGAGUAAAUCAGAAUGAAGAAAAUUCCUUAGCAGUUAGAAUGUCCACUACAAAAACGGCUUUUUUUUUUUUUUUUUUUUUUACGGCUUUAUUUUUUUAGAGUCCUAACAUCUCAUCCAUGAGAUAAUUUCUUACCAUCUGUCCCAGGCUGUGUUAGAAUCAAAACCUUAAAACAUGAAAGUACUUAAAAAGCAAAAAAGAGUCAGUUAAACAGCCUAUUGCCAUAUACUAUAAUUCAGUCAAUGAUGAAAUCUAGAAAUUAUAUAGCAGCAUAAGAAUAUACAAUAAAAACCCACUAAUUGCGACUAACUUGGAAGAGUGCUGGUUAUCACAAAAAGCCUGAUGACAGGAAGCUUUGAUGGAUGCAU